AUGCGAGUCAACCAGGACGAAAAAGAGUUCUCUGAUUGGCUUCUCAAAGUCGGUGAAGGUCAUUCAGAAUCAGAACAGGGAGACGAGGACGAUGGCUACCAUGACCAAAUGGUAAAUAUCGAUCCAACAUUGCUCAAAGAGACUAAAGAAGAGUCACUAAAGCAAGUUGUCGAUGCAGCGUAUGGUGAUACCAAACAAAUAGAGGCCUCCCAAAGUUCCUACACCGAUAAAGCUAUCCUAACACCCCGAAAUGAUACAGUCGAUGAAAUCAAUGCGUAUACAAUCUCCAAAACCACCGGAGAGUCAAAAGACUACUACAGUUACGAUAGCUUUGAGGUUUCGGAAACUCAAUCUAACCAAAAUGAUACACUAUACGCCAUUGAGUAUCUCAACUCGAUGAAGUUUCUAGGAUUGCCUUCCCAUAAACUCACUCUCAAAGCAAAAGAGUGCUUAAAGCAGAUAUAA